AGAAGAUCGAGAGGCGACGAGAAAUGUCGCAGAUUUGAGAUACGCAUCAUCAAAUCCAUCAAUUCACGAAAGUCACGCCGUGACGGGAAAUAAAAAUGCUUACUUUCCUCCUUGUCAAGUACAGCAUGACGCUAAGACAUUGGACACCCCCACUCACAUUCUUCGUCGACGUUACCUGACUACACCUGAAUAGUGGUAAUUUUCAGUUGCCUCGAGGCUUACUUCAUUGCACAUGAGUGAAGCAACGCUGAUAUACCUUGCCAUGUGUGUACGUCAUUCUCCAGUGUCAAGUCGCUUUCGCUCAGCAAACAAUGUACCUCGAGUUCUCGGUUAUCUAGUGCGCAAUUGAUAGUCUCUGAUCGACCGAUACCACGAUCAAUGAAGAUACCAAUGACACAUUAUCUGAUCCACAAAGUAUGAGACGACAUCGGGAGCGAUGAGACGGGAAUGAGCGAAAAGCGGCUCGAAACAUGAUCUACGAUAUUAUGUAACGUGACGCAUAAAAUGCACUGGACAUUACUCGUGCUUCGACAACGACGGUGUGCACAAACCAGAUUACGGUGACUUAAAUUGCGCCGAAGUUUUACGAAAUUGCCCUGUUAUCAACCCUGUUGUACCUGCCGGUUGAUCUCAACGAGAUUGUGAAGUGCCUAAGUGCGAGAAAUUUGUGCGCAUUGAGGCAUUCAUGCAGGAAUGAUCGUUGUUACUUUCACGCAUCGACGAGACGUGUUUUUCCAAUUCGCGUCAUUUUGAUGCGAAAAGUACGACGAAAGGAGGACACGUUUUAGCAGCGCGUAUAUUGUACAGUGCAGUGUACACAGCGGCGAACCAUGUCUGGCAGAGUGAAUCAGGCGUUCUAUGACAAUGAAUUAGAGGAAUUGGAGAGCGGCCGUCGAAAAAGUGAAACCAACGCGAAUCAGGAUGUUCUUUCUCGUCACGAGAAACCGGAAGGUCAUCGGGCAGCCAAAAAAGAGCCGAUCGAAGCAUUUCUCUCGAAGAAUCGAAGGGUCAUCAAGAUUUGCGGCGUGAUGCUAUUGAAUCUACUCAUUCUGGCCUACAUAAUCUACGCGGGGAUAUAUUGGAAAAACUCAGCCUCGGGGAGACGAUGCGAAUUCGGAUGGUGCGGUGGUUACGGCAUGCUGCUCAUAAUCGUGGGAGUCGUUUACGUUGGCCUAGUUUACUUCCUGAUCGUGAAGCGAUAUUUCGGCAAGCGCAUCGCACAACGUUUCAAGCCAAUGACAAGUUCCUUAGUGCGCUUACGAGAUACCAAGCUCGUGACGCGCUUUGGAGCGACGAUCUUCUACUUGAUCGUGUUCAUCGUCAUUAUUACUUUCCUCGUUAUCGAUACCGCAGACUCGAGAGAGAGAUUAGUUAGUGGCCUCGGUGUUAUCGUCAUACUGGGACUGGGACUGAUAUUUUCCAAACAUCCGAGACAGAUCAAUUGGAGUACCGUCAUUUUGGGCCUGUUUUUGCAAUUUACAUUUGGACUCAUCACGAUUCGAUGGGAGGUCGGACGUAGCGUCUUCCAAUGUGUGUCCGGCAGAGUGGCUAUCUUUUUGGACUUCGCUAAAGCCGGCGCAAGAUUCGUGUUCUCCGAGGAUUUAGUCAACAAGGGAGUUUUCGCGUUCUCUGUGUUGCCUGUGAUCUUCUUCUUCAGUUUCAUAGUGCAAGUCUUGUCGUAUCUCGGCGCUAUGCAAUGGAUUAUCUUGAAACUAGGAUGGAUCUUGCAAAGAGUAAUGGGUACAACCCUGUGUGAGUCGAUAUGCGCGGUCGCCAACCCUUUCAUCGGCAUGUCGGAAUCUCCUCUGCUAAUCGCUCCGUACCUGAACAAGCUGACGUCCUCGGAGAUUCACGCUAUAAUAUGCUCGGGAUUUUCCACGGUUUCCGGUUCGAUAUUGGCCGCUUACAUCGCGUUCGGCGCGCAACCAGUCUACCUGAUCACCGCCUCCGUGAUGUCCGCGCCCGCGUCCCUGUGCUACUCCAAGCUCUUUUACCCGGAGCUCGAGCAGAGUCAGACGAAGUUCGAGAACAUGAAGCUGGAGAAAUCAUCGGACACCAGCAUCUUAGGCGCUGCUACCAAUGGUGCAUUAGCCGCGCUACCGAUUAUCUUGGGCAUAAUCGCGAAUAUCGUGGCCUUCGUGUCUUUCAUCGCGUUCUUCAACGCCCUGCUCUCUUGGUUCGGCGGCCUCGUCGGUUACGAAGCCCUGUCUCUCGAGGUAACGAGUCACUCACGACAGACGACAGGCUUCUUUCUCGCUUCUUCCGAGCGUGAAACUCACAGUCGCGUGAAUUUACAGAUCAUCCUGGCGAAAGUAUUUAUGCCGCUAAGUUGGGUCAUGGGUGUUCCUUGGGAACAUUGCGAGGACGUGGGCACAUUGAUAGGUCUCAAGACAGUGAUAAAUGAACUGGUCGCGUACCAGAGGAUGGGCGAGUACAAGAUGCAAGGCAGGAUAUACGGCAGGGCGGAAACGAUCGCCACGUUUGCAUUGUGCGGCUUCGCGAAUCCAAGUGCGAUCGGUAUCAUGAUUGGCUGCCUCUCCUCUUUGGCGCCAGAAAAGAAGGAGCAAGUCACCAGUGUCGUGGUGCGAGCCUUCUUCGCCGGCAGCGCCGUCUGCUUUCUCACCGCCAGCAUAGCCGGUAUGCUGGUCGAAAACAUCUCGCUCUCGAAUUCUACGGUUACGAUGAUAACAAACAACACCGCAAUCACAACACCAAUGACUUCAGUAUUGUGAAUUCAUUAAAAAUGAUUUUAAUUAUAUGUUACAGUAGUUUAUUAUUAAAUCAGACGCGUUUAUCAACCAUUUCGUUUCGAGGAUUUUCGCUCUGAGAGAAUACGGCAUUUCCCCGAGAAAUUUCUCUCUCUCUCUCUCUCUCUCUCUCUCUCUCUCUCUCUCUCUCUGUCUCUCUCACCAAUUAAAUACUCGGCGUCAAUUUAAGCAUUAGAUAGCGACACAUGAGACAGGCUGUAUAAUCUUAUUACCCGUCCCUUCACUUUAUCGCUAUUAAGUUUUUAUACAAUACUGUUAUAGAAACAUCGAAAUACAGACUGUAAU